GCGUGGUUGCCAAAGCAGGUAGAUGGGUCCUUACCCUUUGUGUUGCAGUGACAUAUCUUUAAUAGUUUCAUUUAAAACACGAUUCUAUCAAGUUCACAUGGAGAUUUUAUUUCAGAGCGUGGGACCGGGUGUGCAUUGCUAUUCACCCUUUUUGAAGUCCUCCGCUCGUGAUACAUCCAUAAAUCUCGAAGAACUAUGUAAAAAUACCAUCUUAAAAUGCAUCACUCUAAGACGACUUGCUGCAGCUGUAAUUAAACUGCCAUUGCCUAAACGUCUGCUACGGUACAUUACAGAGCUGUCAACAACAGAUUUUGAACAAAUCGAGUGUGCACCCUUCUGUGAUGUUUUUAGCGUGAACUUUUUCCACCGAGCAUUGACUUACAGAGUAACUUGUUUACAUGAUCAGCAAGAGUACAUAAUUACGUACGGAUACAGUCCUAUUGAAGAUGAAAAAUUGAAAGCCGGGCAUGAAGAGUGGGUGAAGGUUCAGCACAAGAAUGUCAUGUGUAUUUGUGCGACUGUCAAAGAUCCGUCCACAGACAAUGUUUUCUAUGUCUACGAUCAACCAUACGCGUCACUAGAACAGCUGUGGAGUGUUUUUUGUGAAAAAAAUUGCACAGUUCCUGAAGCAUUCUUCGCGCGUUUGACAGCAGAUAUCUGUGAAGCUCUGAAGCAUAUUUUGUUAAAUGGUUUAGACUAUGCUCACUUUGGUUUAGAUAAUGUUUUCAUUGCUCAUGAUAGGUUGGUGCUUGAAAAUGGUUUGAUGCGAAAAUAUACUAAAUUUGCUCCCGAUCGUUCCAAGAGAGAUUGUUCCAAAGAAGAAAGUAUGCUUCGUGAUAUAGUCAAUAUUUUAAAAUGUUUGCUCAAAGAUUAUGAUGUUCAAUUUUCGCAUGCUGAAACUAUAAGAACAUUAAUCAGCGAUAUUGAAAAACAGAAUUCUUUCAAUGGUGUUCUUCAAACCCUUAGUACAUCAAUAGAUGGUAUAAAUGAAUUUUCUUUUGUGAAGCUUAUACAUAGUUUACAAGCUUAGAGAUGGAUUUUAUUACUAUUGAAUAUGUGGAAGGGACUCUUGUUUUUACACAGAUGUUACUAUUUUCUACAGAAAGAGUAAUUUAUAUUUUCACCAAGCUAGAUCAAUAUCUAUGGUUGUGACUGUGGAUGGAUGGUGAUUUUUUUUUUUGUAUAUUUAUAUGUUAAAAAAAUACAUAAGUAUGGAGAAUGCCGUUUCUUGAAAUAUAUCGGAAAAUCAUGUAUUAAUCAUUAUAUCAUUUUUAUUAUGUCAAGAUUUUCUUUAAUCACUAUUUCCAUGGGGACAUUUUUACACUGAGUUAUUUUUUUUUAAUUUAACAAAUAUGUUUGCAUAAUUUUUAAUGUAUAUUUUGUAUAGUCGAUACCCAGGUAUUUUUAAAUAUCAAAAUUCUCAUUGAGAACUUUUUGGAAGCAUGAGUUUUACUAUGAAAUGAAAUGUUUAAGUAUAAAUAAAUAUUUAAGCUGUG